AUGUCACCGAGUCGGCAGCCACAGCAACAGACACCAUCACAACCUCCCUCCCUGGACAUUCUUCGACCUCAGGGUAUGCCGUUAUCAAACAAACAAGUGCCUUUCAGUAACGUCAUCAAGUCGCCAUCGCCAAUCAUUGAGGUCACAUCAUACAAGGAGGACAGAGGGCGUCAUCAAGUGCACAUGCCACCAUUCCAGCAGACACAGCAACCACAACUAUCACAACCACAACAGCCACAGCAACCACCACUAUCUCAACUACAACAACGCCAGCCAUUCCAACAACAUCGACAGACUGUUGUAUCAGUGCAGUCGCUACAACUUGCCGGCCAACAACAACAACAUCUACCAGGUAUUCGAGUGCAAGGUGUUCGCGUGAACAAGGUGUCGGACCCGAGCUUUCCCCUGGAUCUCAGCCAGCUCAGCAAUCAGUUCUUCACGAUUGGUACUUGUGGCAGUCACGUCUUUGACAUGGCCACCAACCUGUGGUAUCAGUUUGAUGACCGCGAUGACAAAGACAAGCGCUUCCAUCCACUCAACUCUGUUGUGAGCUAUGGCGAGAACAUCUACGUCUUUGGCGGAUCCAACAAGUCGCACACCUACUCCAUCUACUCCACCCGCUCACUCAAAUGCAUGUCCUUCAAUGAUAUUGGAACAGGAAGAGGUGGCGCAAGCAUUGCAACAUGCUUCGAUGGUCAACGAUACAUUUACAUGGUUGGUGGCUAUAACAAGGACACGUAUCUGAGGCGUGUAGAUCGAUUUGAUAUUGAGACAUUGGAGUUUGUGACGAUUGGAGAGUUGACCUUGCCAGUCUGUCAAGCACUGGUCUUCCUGCAUAACCGUGAUCUGUAUGUGGUUGGUGGCCGUAAUGAGAAGGGCGAGGUACGCCAGGUGCAGACAUUCAACCUGGAGGCAAGACUCAGCGGCAUCUUUUUGGAGGACAUCGAGUUUGCUCAAUCAAUCAUCACGUCGUGCUUUGAUGGAGUGGACCUGAUCUACAUCAUGGACAACGAGUCAGAGUUCUUCACCAUAUCACUCAAGACCAGGACAAAGACCGUGCUCAACUCACCAUUCUCGGCACAGCCACUCAGUAGCAAGUACUCCAUGGUGCACUUUAACAGCAGCAGUACCAAUAUUGCAUUCCGCAAUCUAGAGUUGGUAUUCUUUAUCGGUGGCAAGACCUAUGGCAACCUAAUAUACAUCCCUCGAGCCAACCAUUGGAUACCGGUCAAAGACACUGACGAUGUCAUUCGGCAGUUUGAUGGUGCUGCACAGAUAAAGAUAAUCUAA